AUGCAGCGCGACACUAUUCAGUCCACGAUACCUUCCCCAGAUGAAAAGCUUGGUGUGGGAGAAGUGAAGGAAGUGAACGAGUAUGGCGAUUCCUACACGACAGAACAGGACAAGGCAGUGCUCCGAAAGAUUGAUCUUGCAGUCUUGCCAAUGAUCUGCGCCGUCUUCUUCCUCCAAUACUUGGACAAACAGAGUCUGAGCUAUGCCAGCGUUUUCGGCUUGAUAACUGAUCUCGGAAUGACGAGCAAGCAAUACUCGUGGUGCAGCUCCAUCUUCUAUGUUGGUCAACUCGUGGCCGAAUUUCCUGUCAUCUAUCUCAUGAGUAGGCUCCACCUCACCAAAUUCGUGGGAGCCAGUAUCAUCAUAUGGGGAGCCAUAUGCAUGUGUCUGGCAGCGCCGAAGAACUUUGCUGGAUUCGCAGCUGUUCGCUUCCUGCUCGGAUUCGCUGAAGGUGCUGUUUCGCCAGCUUUUAUCACAAUCACCGCCGUCUGGUACCGCAAGGAGGAGCAUGCUUCCAGGACAGCCCUGUGGAUCACGAUGAAUGGUCUGGCGCAGAUCGUCGGCUGCUUGCUCAUGUACGGCAUUGGCAAGAACAGCUCGUUAGCGAUCGCUUCAUGGCGUGUGCUCUUCCUCGUCUGCGGCGCUCUCACUAUUGCUGCAGGCGUGGCGUUCUACCUGUGCAUGCCCAAUGGACCGAACGAUGCUUGGUUCCUCAACGCACGCCAGAAGCACGUGCUGUCGCUCCGCAUGAUCAAGGAUCGCGAGGGUGGCGACAAGACAAAUUUCUCCACUGCUCAGCUAAAAGAGGCACUCCUGGAUCCAAAGUCGUGGCUCGUUUUCUGGUUCGGCGUUUUGGUCACGAUGCAGUCUCCCGUACACACAUUCGCUUCGUUGGUUAUUAAAGGCCUUGGCUACGACAAGUACCAAACUUUACUGCACACUGCACCCUCGGGCGCUGUACAGAUCUUACUCCUGUGGCUUGGUCUCCUUGGCUGUGUGCUCCUUCCGAAGAACAGAACAUUCGUGGCCAUGGCUCUCUGCAUUCCACCAUUGAUUGGCAACAUCUUCCUUAUGAGGCUAACUGUCAAAGCUGGCUGGGGUUUGAUUGUCGCAUCCUGGCUCUCUUCAUGUAUCACGGCACCGUGGUCUAUCCUGCUCUCGCUAACUGCCUCAAACGUCAAGGGAAACACCAAGCGCUCUGUCGUCAAUACCAUGUUCUUCAUCGGAUAUUGCGCAGGUUGUAUCAGUGCUCCGCAGCUCUGGACUCAUGGGCCAAGAUACGUUGACGGUGUGGUGACUGCGAUUGUCACGUGGUGUCUGCUGUUCUCGGCCACUCUUGCUUAUCGUGUGGUUUGCUCGAGAGACAAUGCUGGUAGAGAUCGUUCAGCGAGCGGGAUAAGUGAGCAUUCGACCGGCAAGGAGCAGGUCGACGUCGAUACAACGGGUGCGGCGAGGAUCGAUUUGACCGACAAGCAGGAUGCGAGCUUCCGCUUCAGUCGGUAG